AUGGAGAAAGUACCUAGCAAGGAUAUUGAUAGGAUGAUGGCGUUUAUAAACCAUGAGGCAGAUGAAAAGAUAAAAGAGAUGAAAAUAAAGGCAAUACAGGAAUACAAUGCCGAAAAGGCAAGAAUCAUCAAGGAAGAGACAAUGAAAGAAGAAAACGAGUUUAUGAUGAAGCAAAGAGAAAUAGAAAGCAAAAGAGUGAUGACAGAAAGCUCAUUAGAAAACUUGUACAGGCAGAAGUAUCUGCAGGAGAAGGUGAAGAUUCUCAAGAAUAUAUACAGAGAUGUAUUGAAAGAAUGCUUAGCAAAGCCUUUAAAUGCACUGCUUAUUGAUGAAUGUAUGAAGAAAAUGGAGGAUGACUUUAUUGUGUACUGCAACAAUAAGGAUGUGGAAAUAGUGAAGAACCACUGUAAGGAUGCAGAAAUACGGGAGAUGGUUUCUGCCGGCACAGGAGGCAUAAUUCUCUGCUCGAAGGAUUACAAAUCGAUUGUUGAUAACAGCUUUACAUCAAGGUUAGAAACAAUCAAGAAUAUGUUUGAGGCAGAUAUAAAUAAAGUCAUCUUCAGGUAA